AGAAUAUUCUUGAGCGUGUUCGAAGCACUUUUCCUUCCAUUCCUUCUCCCCACUGCAGGAAUUCCCUCAUAACUACCAGGCAAACAGAACAAGCAAUGAGCAUUCCAGGCAACAACCCAAGAAAAUAUUAGUUCUCUCUAAGAUGGUGAUUUCAGACAACUUCCUUUUGCAAAAAUGCCAGUUUCCUUAAAUUAAAAAAAAAAAAAGAAAGAGAACAUACUUUCACUUUAGAUUUCUUCAGUACUUUGCAGGCCUGGACAAAGCCUGUGAUAAAUCUGUUGCAGCUUUAACAGUUUAAGGCAGGAGCCACAGCAAAGAUGUUCAGUCCUUGACCUUCAGCCCUCAGACUGAGAGCUGCAACCCAACACAGAUUUUCCAAAUUGCAAGUUUCUCAUUCUAAUGAAUUUAAAUCUCUCCCGUCUAAAGCAAAAGCGGUUUUGCACCCUCGAAAUCAUGAAUGCCUCAUUGUUUACGUCCUGCACCCAGGCUGUCUCUGUUUGACAGCUUUGUGUUCUGCGGGCAUGCCAAGCACACGUUCCCAGCUGUGUGUGCACUCUCUGUGCGCUGGCUGCCUGUCCUUUCAAACAGAGCCAGCUGCCAGUGCAGAUGUUCCAGGGAGUACGUGCAACACGUGCUCCGGGCACAGCAGAGACUUCCUGAAAGCUGGAAGGGCCAGAGCUCUGCUCUCACAGCAGCCUCGGAGCGGAGACACCGCCAGCCCCGCUGAAACCUGCAAGGAACCGGAUCCCACCCACCGUUCUGCGAUCCCAGCGCCCUCCCCGUCACCCCCCAAACAAAACAGCUCAUUUGCAGGAAUAAAUGAACAAUGUGUGUCCUCUGUUUCCCGUCACUGAGCUGGUUCGUUGCCUGAAACUGGCCGAGAUUUCCACGUUUUACUUUAACUCACGGUGUUUCUGUCUGACGUGCUUGAAACUGUUUCUCGUUCUCUCUGCCCAGCACUGCUGUGGAUACAAAGCUUUCCCCUGCACGUCUAAGACACACCUGAGAAAGUUUGUUCCUCUAUUUACCACACAGUGGGAUACAGUUUGAUAGAAAGAACUUCCUUUCCCGCACAAUCUCUGUUGCGGUAAACCAGCAAACUGCAAAGGGAAUUACGGAAAUCCCCUCCAGGCCUUUCCGAUCGAUGCAGUGACCGGGGCUGGAGACAGAACCUCAGCCCGGGGCUGGAGCUGCUCGAGGGCACCGCGGAUACAGCAGAGGGAGCGGGGCAGAGACAGGGCGGGCCCGGAGACACGGCUUGGAAGUCGAGGGAUCCCGGAGCUCAGGAGGCUCGGAGCCGAGGAGGGGUCCCGGUAACGGGAGGGGCCCGGAGUCUGCGGCGCCCCGAGCAAAGGGGGACCUGGAGCACCGGGAGGUGGAAGCCGGGGCGGUUGGAAGCCGGAGGAGCUGGAAACCGGCGGGGUUGGAAGCCGGGCGGUUCCAGGCCGGUGGUCCCGGCGGCCCCGGGGGACCCCAGCGGGCCGGGCCGCGCCUCCCGCCCGGCCCCCCUCAGGGGCGGAGAGCGCGCCUGUCGCAAAGCGCUGCAAAGCGCCGCCAAGCGCGGCCGGGCUGCCGCAGGGCGCGGCGGCGAUGGCGGCUUAGGGCCGGUGCGGCGCCGGGGCCAGGCAGGGCCGGGCCGGGGCUCCCCCGCCGCCGCCCAUGUGGCUGCAGCAGCGGCUGAAGGGGCUGCCGGGGCUGCUGUCCAGCAGCUGGGCGCGGCGCCUGCUGCUGCUGCUGGUGCUGCUGCUCGUCGCGUACUGGUACCUGGGCGCGGCGCGGGCGCGGGGCGCGGGGCGCGGGGCCGAGCCCCGGGGAGCCGCCGCCCUCUGCGUUCAGGCGGCCGCGGGCGCCUGGCGGGCGCAGACCCAGCGCGGCGAUGCGCUGCCGCUGCUUGAGGAGGCGGCGGGGGCCGGCGGGGCCCCGGGGCUGGCGGUGGCGGGCAACGGGUUCGUGCUGCUGGACGUGUCCGCCGGGCGGCUCUGGGUGCGGCCCGCGGGGCCCGCCGGGGGCCCGGCGCUCGCCACCGAGUACCCGGCGCUGGUGCGGCUGAGGGCGCUGGGCGGGCGCGGCGAGGCGCGGGCGGCGCUGGCGGCGCUGCGGGACGGGGCCGUGCGGAGGGUGCGGUGCGUGCAGACGGGGCCCGGGGCCGGCGCCGGGGACUGCGUGACGGUGCGGGAGGAGGUGGUGGCCCACCGGAGCCGCCCGCAUCUCUACCUGCAACGCAUCCGCAUCGCCAACCCCACCGAGCGGGUGGCCGCCUUCGAGGCCUCGGCCCCCGCCGCCGGGCCCGCGCUGGGCGGGCGCUUCGCUACCAGCCUGGAGAAGGCGGAGGAGCGGCAGUUCCUGCUCUCCUCCGGCCGCCUGCUGCUGGCCGGCAGCCCCAAGGUGGUGCUGGUGGUGGUGGCUGCCAAGAAACUCGUGAGCCGGGUGCAGGUCGCGCCCAAGUCGCACUUUGACGAGACCGUGCUGUCCGUGGUGUACACCUCGGAGCCCAUCGAGGUGUCCAGGCUGGAGGAGACGUUCAGCAAACUGAAGGAGGCAGCCAAGAAAGAGAUGCUGGAGGUGAUGCAGAUGGGGGUGGAAGAUCUUUUCCAGGAGCACCAGCAGACCUGGUCUGACUUGUUCAUUUCAGGGAUAGAAAUGAGGAAGAUCACAGAUGCACAUACCCCAUCCAGUGAGACUGUCAACAUGACCCUGUACUACGUGCUGUCCACCGUGCCAGCCCCACUGCUGGACCCUCUCCUGGGCAGUGAGGACAGGGAGAGGAUCGAGGCCAGCCUCAACUACGCUGACCACUGCUUCAGUGGCCACGCCACCAUGCACGCCCAGAACCUGUGGCCACCACGGCUGAGCAGCGUCACCCAGAUCCUGCAGCUCUCAGACCUGUGGAAGCUGACUCUCCAGAAACGGGGCUGCAAGGGCCUUGUGGCAGCUGGGGUCCACGGGCUCAUGCAGGGAAUGGUGCUCAGUUUUGGGGGUCUGCAGUUCACAGAAAACCAUCUCCAGUUUCAGGCUGACCCCGACGUGCUUCACAACAGCUAUUCCUUACGUGGGAUCCAUUACAACAAGGACCUGAUCAAUCUAGCUGUUCUCCUGGAUGCUGAGGGGAAGCCCUUCUUGCACGUGUCUGUGAAGUUCCAGGACAAGCCUGUCAGACUGUAUGCCUGUGAGGCAGGCUGCAUGAACGAGCCCGUGGAGCUGACCUCGGAGGCACGGGGUCACACCUUCCCCGUCAUGGUGACUCAGCCCAUCACACCACUGCUUUAUAUAUCAACAGAUUUGGUCCACUUGCAGGACCUGAGACACACACUCCACCUAAAAGCUAUUCUUGCUCAUGAGGAACACAUGGCCAAGCAAUACCCAGGCUUACCCUUCCUCUUCUGGUUCAGUGUGGCCUCCUUAAUUACUUUGUUUCACUUGUUUCUGUUCAAACUCAUCUACAAUGAAUAUUGUGGGCCCGGAGCCAAGCCACUCUUCAGGAGUAAGGUAUAAGGCUGCUGCUUUUGGCUGCUGUCCACUGAGUGUUGUCAGCCUGAUGUCGUGUCAGCUGUGCCUGGGCAGGCUGUGUCUUGGACUGUGAUGAUUUUUAGUCUCAAAACAAGCAAUCUGUGACCCCCUUCUUGCAAGAAGGAGGAUUAGGGCAGGGGUUGGAGAAGAAGGGAUCACAAUUGUUAGAAAACAUAAACUCCUUGUCUGUCCUUAGACAUUUGUGAGGCUGCAGGUGGAGGCAAACACAGCUUUCUGUCCUUUUUCCACACAUCAGUGUAGGACAUUGCUUGUUUCUAGGCCAGCAAUUGCAGUUGUCAUGAGGUGAUGCUUCUUGUUAUUCAGUACCAGAAAGUGAGAGAGCUGCUGUCCCUGUCUGUAGUGCUGUGUGGAGCUCUGCACACCUGCCUGCCUGCUCUGAGUGUGUGACAUGUCCCACAGGAACACCCAGAGGCAGGCUGCUGGUCUGAGGGGAGGUUCUGACUGGUACACGUUCAUGUUACAGACACUGUGCAGUCCUCCAUCAAACCACACCACCAGCAUUUUGGGAAGAUGCUGAGUUGGUGUUUCUCCCAGUCAGACAAAAUACAAAGCUGUGUUCAGGAAAGUACUGAGUGCAUUUUACUGUGAGUUGAAGUUUCUGGCUCCAAGCUCUCAUGCAUCUUACCUGGGUGUAAAAAAAUUCAGUUUGUUUUGAGUUGCCUUGGAAAACUUACUUGCUGUAAAAACUUAGCACAGACUAGACGGUAGAUGGUGAAUUCUGCUCUUAGCACUGGGACUUUCUGAUUGGUGUUGAUAUGAAGUGGAAAUGCAAGACCAGACUGGAUUUGCUGUGUUAGUUGUGCUGUUCAGAGGCUUCCCUCCUGAGGGCUGAACAGAGUUCAAUGUAGGUUUUAUUGAGAAAAAAAAAAGAGAUGAUAGUUAAACAGAGCUGUCAGAGGAAAAGUUCUAGCUAUAGAUUGUACUGUUACUCCAAAUUAUAAAAUCAAGUUCGAUUUUGGAUAGCUAAGGCUGAACAGAAGGUAUUGAAUAAACUUGACAGCUGGUAUGUGUGGGGUGUUUCAAGUGAAUUGGAAUUUUCCCUGUGAGCUCACUGUUUUUGUCCUUUUGAGCACUGGAGAUAAAGCCUGAUCCCAAGCAGGUCUGAAUACCUGUGAUCCAAUAAAAGACUGAGUGGGAGGUGCUUGUAGCCAGACAAACUAACCUGGGAGGAGGUAGGAUAGAAAUAUAUAUCAGACAACUGCAGUUACAAGCCUCUGAUCAUGAUCAGAACCUCAGUGCAAAGGGAGGAAGGGGUUAGGAGGUGAUGUCAGCUAUUGUGUGUCAGCUGUGCCCUGACACGCCCUGAAAUGUGUCCUUGGAAUUAUGUAAUCGUGUCCUUUCACUGUUGUCUAUCCAGUUGCCUUUGUCAUCCCCAAGAUUUGCCUUCUGCCUUUUACAAGUGACCUGUUCACUGCUGCAGGUGCCCGUCCCCGACUCUGCCCCCUGAAGUGCCCGGGGCUGGCCUGGCCUCGUCCCCCUGGGCCCUGCAGAGCCACAGCUCUGCUGCCUCGGCUUAGCUGGACCCACUUCAAAUGGAGGUGAUGCAGAACUUGAUUCCAGAAACAGGGAAGAAGUGAAAGCCAGCUGAAGCUCUGAGUCUGGAGCAGUAAGCAAGAUAGGUGGUCUUGGAAUAACAACCUGUUCUAUUAAUUGAGUGGGAACAUCCCUGCAUCCGAGUGGACUUAGUCUUGCUUUCAGCCUCCAUUUGCACAAGACUCCUGGCAAUUUUGCAGCUGAGAACAAGGACCAUUUGAAAGCAACAAUCCUUUUGUGCCUUGCUAUGACAGGAAUCUGAGACUUGGAAGGUGUGGUGAUUCAGUAGUUUAUCCCAGAGGCUUGUGUAACAGAUGUUUCCUUUCCCUGUAAGCUGUUCAGUUCCCUAGGAGUAAUCCAUUUGGUGAAAAUACUUGAAGAUAUACUAAGUCCUUUGAUAUUUUGAUCUCUUUUGUUUUUUGUUUUUUUUUUAAUUCAUGGAAAAAUUAAGGAUGAUGGUUCCCUUCUGAGAGUUAACUAGAAAACUUUAGUGUAACUUCCUUUCUGAUAUACAGUUUUUAAUUUAUUGCUUGAGGGGAGGGGGAGUAUGUUAAUUUUUCCUCCACUUCAGCAACAGUCAAUUGAAGUGUAGAUAUCUAAAUUCUCGUAACAGGUUUUUCAGCCUUUAUGACUGUAGACUGCAAAAUCAAUUUACUGAAAUUGCUUUCUGGAUAUACACUUGGAACUGCUGAUCUACAGAUUUCCUAUUCUAAGCCUAUUGAGACUUUGUGCAUUGAUUUGUUUUGGCUAUGGGGAAGACAUCCCACUUUCUAGUGACUUACAGGUUGUUUGGUUUUAAAAUACCAAAGCUGUUGUUUCUAAAUAAAUAUCUUUCAGUCUAAUCUGA